AUGACUUCCCCAACCUCCCAACUCCAAGCAAACACCCUAAUCCGCGCCGGCACCAUCGAAACACUGCACCCCGGGAUGCCACCACAGCAAUCCAUAGCCCUCCUCUCAGGACGCAUCAUUGCUCUCUCCGAGGACCCAGCAGGCUUAGACGACUUUAUCGGCAGCCAGACCCAGAUCAUCGACGUACCAGACUCCACCGUCCUUCCCGCGUUCACAGAUACGCAUACGCAUCUGAUUCUCGCCGGUCUGACUUAUUUCGACGUUCCAGUUCACGACGUCAAGAGCCUGGAUGAGCUGUUCGCACGUCUGAAGAAGCGGGCUAGCGAGACGAAAGAGGGUGAAUGGAUUUGUACAGCGACGGAUUGGCUGGAGUACAACAUCAAAGAGCAGAGACUGCCUACGUUGAAGGAACUCGAUGGAGUGUCUACCAAACACCCCAUCAUGGUGAUGCGAGGCGGUCACAACGUAGUAAUCAACUCAGUCAUUACAAACCUACUAAACGUAACCUCAUCCACCCCCUCACCACCGGGCGGCCUCAUCGGAAAAGAAGCAAACGGAAGUCUAUCCGGUCUCUUCCAAGACUCCGCCACCGUCCCCAUCCUCAAAUUAAAGCCAUCCACAACCCUCGCAGAAAGAGUCGCAGGACUAGAAGCCGCAAGCCGCGCGUACGCCGCCACAGGAACAGCCUGCGUCCGCGACUGCUACGUCCCGCUCGCCGACCUAGACGCCCUCAUCGCUACCCACGCAGCCGGGAAACUGCACGUGCGCGUGCAUGCCCUCAUACCCGCCGUGGGUAUGACAUCCGCAGAGCAAGUCGAGGGUUUACUUAACAAGAUGGAGUCUUACCGGCAUAUGCAAACUGACCCCUACCUCUCCGUCUGGGGCGUGAAAUUCAUGGUCGACGGCGGCAUGGAAGCAGGCGCCGUAUCUGAACCUUUCCUCGAGAUACCACCCGGCCGCGAAAAGGACGCAGACUGCAAUUGCUGCGGACUACCCUCCUACCACGGUAUGCUCACGUGGGAGAAGACCGCGCUCGUGGAAGCCAUGACCGCAGUCGUACGUCGAGGCUGGAAGAUAGGCACGCAUGCGUAUGGCGACCGAGCUGUGAAAUUGGUACUGGAUGUAUACUCCGAACUCAUGCACCGCUUCCCUUACCUACAACCCGGAACACUAGUCAUGGAACACGGAGGCCUAGUCUCUCCAAGCGAACAGAUCCGAGCCGUGAAGCUCGGCAUCGCUACAACCAUCCAACAUCCGCUUCUCCAUAACGCGGCGGGGGUCCAAGAGGUAUACUGGGGGACGGACCGCGUAUCUCGCACCUUCCCCGCGCGGACGUGGCUGGAUGCCGGUGCGCUGAUAGCGGGCGGGAGCGAUUAUCCCGUUGGUAGUUUUGCGGCUAUGCGGUCGGUUUGGGGGAUGGCGUCAAGAGAGACUGUGAUUGGGGUGAGGGGGGUUGAGCAUGCGAUUACCGUGGGGGAAGCGGUUGCGUUGCAUACGACGAAGGCGGCGGAAUUGCUGAAGGAGGAGGGGGAGAGGGGACGGCUUUUACCUGGGUUUGUGGCGGAUUUGGCGGUUUGGGGGGUUAAUCCGCUUAAGGUGGAUGACUUGGAGGUGCUCAAGGAUAUGAUGCCUAGCCACAUUUCUGUUGGGAAUAGGUUUACGACGGUUUAG